GUGGAGAAAUUUAUGACGAGUGGCGGAGAUUUCAAAGAUCUAAAAAGCAAAGAGCAGCUUCGACCAAACCAAACCAACCCUGUAAAUUCCAUGUAAAUUCCAUCAGAUCCCUGUGCUUCGUUUCUUCGAUCUCUCUUUGCUCCCUGCAGUAGCUUUUGGAUUAAUGGAGUCCGCUGGAAUUCUUCGCUCCUUUCACGGUGUCAUUCUACCAAAUCAAGAACCUCAGUUCUUCUCUGAGAAACCAGUUGUUGCUUUGAAAACAACUUCGCGGGGUUUGUUGGGACGACAGGGUCUUAUAUCUUCGUCAGCAAGGCAAAAAGGACGCAUCAUAAAGGCAUCAGAGAAGACAUCAGCAUUGACAUCUGAUAGCGCUGCUGGUUUGGAGAAGACUGCACAAGGGCCAGUGGAGAACAGAAGUGUCCAGAAAUCAACUUUUCCUAAUGGGUUUGAGGCUUUGGUCUUGAAUGUCUGUGAUGAAACCAGUAUCGCAGAGUUAAAAUUGAAGGUUGGCAGUUUUGAAAUGCAUCUGAAAAGAGACAUAGGAAACACUAUAGCUCAAAUUUCUGGUGCACCUGGUAUUGAAUCACCCACAACAGCACCACCGAUCCCAAGUGAGCCAAUGACUGAAUCAGCUCCUUCUAUCCAGCCAGUUGUGCCACAGAAAUCUGCUUCCACAUCCAGCAGUCCAUUUGCAAACAUCUUAUCUUCAAAAGCAUCCAAGCUUGCAUCUCUAGAGGCUUCUGGUGCAAAAUCUUAUGUUCUGGUUUCAUCUCCUACGGUUGGUACAUUCAGAAGAGGAAGAACACUGAAAGGCAAAAAACAACCUCCAAGCUGUAAAGAGGGUGACAUGAUCAAAGAAGGACAGGUCAUUGGAUACCUAGAUCAGUUUGGUAAUGAGCUUCCGAUUAAGUCGGAUGCUGCUGGAGAAGUCCUGAAGCUCCUCUUCAAAGAUGGAGAAGCAGUUGGCUAUGGGGACCCUCUCGUCGCUGUCCUGCCAUCUUUCCAUGCGAUUAAGUGAACAUUUCGUAUUUUUGUCCUCGAGCAUCACAUUUCCCCCCCUCCUCUCGGGUUAUCUCCCUGUUUUCUAUGUUUUCAUCUAGUGGUUGGGGUUUAGGUGAUGUUGUGCAUUUCUUUUAAGUUUUCCGUAAACUGUCAAUGUAAACUAUCAGGUGAUCAGCUUGUUGUCUGUAGUACAAACGUUUACAACAGCAUUGUGGUGAAAUAUUGAGUUCUUAUGUUCUUUGUUUAA